UGGAACCAAAUAAAAAAGUGGAGUCCUUUAGGGAAAGGGAAUUGGAUUGGAUCAAAUGUCCAAAGCAGGAACAAGAGAAAUUGGAAAGGGGUAACAUUUGUAGGAUAGAAAGUGAGAUUCUCAACUAGGGUCCCCAGAAGAACCACUAAAAUAGACAAAGGCUAGGCAAAAAAGAAUCAGAUGAAAAAAAUGGAUUCUCUGUUUCAUAUUAUCCUUACAGUUUAAGUUUUCACAGUAGAAAGAUCAAGUUUAGAAAGCAAAAGAAAGAAACAAUGCAGACAUGGAAGAGGGUUCAUCUUCUUCCUAUUCUCCUUCUGAUCACUCUCAACUUUUUCUUUCCAAUAUCCAUAGCCCAACAAUCUCCCAUAAGCUUCUGUGGAAAAAUUAGAAUUCAAAAGCCUUUCUUUCUCCAAAACUCAACUGAGUCAUCGCUUUUGAACCGCAUGGUCCUCUGCAAAUCUGAGAAACUUUACUUCAGGACCUCCCUUGGUCUUUUCCCAAUCUCUUCCAUUGAUUAUAAAAGUAAACUGCUCACUCUCUCUCAUAGUUCUUGUUCUUCUUCAACCCACUUUGUAUCUCCUUCAAAUCUUUCAGCUGGACUUCCUCCUCCUCCCCAGCCCAACUCCAUAAUCAUGUUCAACUGCUCGAUCCAAACGCGUACCACAUCGCCAUCUCGGCGUAACUGCACUCCCUUCCAUGGCUGCAAUGCUUCUAAGUUUGAAGAACAAGAAUUCGAAGGGACCUCUUCAUGUUUAGUUGUGGAUGAUGUUGGAAAAAUGGACAAGGGUUUUCAUCCAAAAGAUCUGAAUUGCUCACACUACAGAAGGGUGUAUAGAAGUACUUGGGUUAAUGAUGAUAAAAUCGAUGAUUUUGAGUUGGGAACAAGGAUUUCUUUUGAUAUUCCUGACCAUGUACCAAAUCCUUGUGAUGAGUGUGAAAAGCCUAAUGGAAAUUGUGGGAUUGGGUUGAGAUGUGUAUGCCAUCCAAAACAGUGCAAGGACAAGGUAUUUUCAACUGGGGGAACACUUGAUCCUUUUGGUAAUAUCAUCUGCUCUUUGCUUUUCUUUAUUGCCAUGGUGGUUCUGUUCUAGAGUUCUUGAGGCAGUAAACUUGUGCCAUGAUAAUUAUUAUCAUCUUCUUUUCAUUCGUUCAUGCACAUUUUUGGGGAUAAUAGUUGAUUGGCACCUGAUAAAGUACGAAAUCUCUUCAUUUCCCGUAGUAUCAGAUGACAUAUCAUGACUUUUUUAGUGAGAUUCAUUAUAAUCAAGCAAAUUGUCCACCAACAUUGACGGAAGUAAAGAGAAUAUUUAACACUAGAGAUCGAUGAUUCCAUUCACCACUCAAGGGGAAAAAAGAACAUUCAAGUUGAGGUCAAACACAUCACUAUUUGGAUCAAGUUGUUUACAUAUAUUCCAAUUGAUAAGGUUUGCUUUGUGAAACUUAGCAAACUGCUGAACUUUAGUAUCUUUGAUUCAAAAUUUACCUGUUAUCUUCUAACCAUUCUCAGUCCAGUAUAUGAAUGAAAGAGG